GAGGAUAACAUACACGCGCACACUCACACACACCUCACCAUGAGGAAAAGCUCCUGUUGCAUGUACAGUUGUGGAGCCGCCGGCGCUCUGCUUCUGCUGGCGGGAAUUGCUCUCUUUGCCUCCGGACUUUUCCAGACGCUGAUCCACAACAAGCUCAAGAAGGAGAUCACGCUGACAGAAGGCAGUAAAGUGUUCGCCACAUGGAAGAACCCUCCUCCUCCAGUGUACAUGGAGUUUUUCUUCUUCAACGUCACCAAUCCUGAAGCUUUCCUUAAAGGAGAAGCUAAAGCUCGUCUGUCUGAGAUGGGGCCGUACACUUACAGAGAAUACAGGCCCAAACACAAUGUGUCGUUUGUGGACAACGGGACGAAAGUGGCCGCUUACACACCCAAAGUGUUCGUCUUCGUUCCGGAGAAAUCAGUGGGAGACCCUAGUGUAGACAUGGUGACGACUGUGAACAUCCCUGCUGUGGCUGUGAUGAAUCGUAUUAAAGGUGCAGGGUUCUUGGUCUCCUCUGCUAUGUCUUUAUACAUGAAGUCCAUCGGCGCCGAGAUGUUCAUGACACACACUGUGGACGAGCUGCUGUGGGGCUUCAAAGACCCUCUGCUCACCAAACUGCGCAGCAUCAAGCCGGAGACGGAUGAAUUCUUUGGGCUCAUGCUGCAUAAAAACGGCAGUGAUGACGGUGAGUUUGUGUAUCACACCGGAGAACACAACUAUCUGGACUACGGCCGCAUUUUCACUUGGAAGGGAGAGAAGUUGAUGUCGUUCUGGAAAACCAAUCAGAGUAACAUGAUCAACGGCACCGACGGCAGCGCAUUUCAUCCGUUCCUGACCAAAGAGGAGCGAUUGGAUGUGUUUACCGCUGACCUCUGCAGGUCCAUCCACAUGCGCUUUGAGAAGGAGGUGGAGGUGAAGGGAAUCCCAGCGUAUCGCUUCACGCCGCCCCGUGCUGUGCUCGCCAGCGGAACAAACAACCCAGAGAACGAGGGAUUCUGCCUCACGCCCAAGAAAUGCCUGGAUGACGGAGUGCUGGACGUGUCUGUGUGCCGGCAAGGUGCUCCUGUAGUCGUUUCUUUCCCUCAUUUUCAUCUGGGUGAUGAGAAAUACGUCCAGGCUGUGGAGGGUCUUUCUCCAGUCCACGAGCAGCAUCAGACCUUCCUGGAUCUGAACCCUACUAUGGGAGUGCCUGUUCGUGCCAUGAAAAGAGCUCAGAUCAACAUUCAUCUUGAGAGAGUCACGGGAUUUCCUAUGACCAGGAAUCUAGAAAGCACCAUCUUCCCUAUAAUCUUUCUGAACGAGUCUGUGGUGAUCGAUAACGCUUCAGCAGAGAGAAUCCAGAAGCUGCUGCUGGUCGUGACUUUGGUUUCUCAUUUUCCGCUGAUUCUCGUGGCUCUGGGAGUCAUUCUGCUCAUCGUAGCCGUCAUCCUCGCCGUCCGCUACUACCAGAACAAGACUGAAGUGAAGCGAUUUGAUUUUGCUGAGGCUUUCCACUGCACUGCUCCUUCUGCAAAGAAAGACACAUCAUAUGCUCCUGUGAGUGCCAAAGUGGACGAUCAAGACGAGAAAAACGGCACUUACAUCGGCAUGACGCCCGUGGACAAAUCUUAAACCACUGCUGAAUGUGUGUGUGCGCGCGUGUGUGUGUCAGAUGCUGUCUAUCAAGCACUGUCAGUAGUUUGAGCACUGUGUGUGUGUGUGUGUGUGUGUGUGUGUGUGUGUGUGUGUGUGUGUGUGUGUGUGUGUGUGUGUGUGUGUGUGUGUGUGUGUGUGUGGUCAUGAAGGUGUCACUGACUCUUCCUCAGGACUGAAGUCAUCUGUUUCUGCUCACACACACACUUCAGGUCAUCUCUACAGUUACAUAUUUAAACACUUUCAGCUGCAUAAAAGCUGAUUUAAUAGAUUUUACGUUAAAAUAGAUAUUAGAAAUAACACUAGAGCCUGUCCUAAAUGACACAAUCAGCCCUCAGUGUCCAUCACUACGGUUACACACACUCUGUCCAGUCGGUUUUUCUGUAGCGCUUUAUAUGAUGUAGAUGUCAGAGCUGCUUUACUGAGAGGAACAGGCAAAUAAUAAAGGUCAGGUGACUCUGUUAAACCCCGCCCACUAAUACACACCCACAAUGUUAAACCCCGCCCUCUAAUACACACCCACAGCAUUAAACCCUACCCACUAAACUAAAACAAACACGCGCAGUGUUAAACCCCGCCUACUAAAACAAACACACCCACAGUUUAAACCCUGUCCACUUAUACAAACUCCAUCUGUUACACCCCGCCCACAAAAAUAAACACCCUCUGUGCUAAACUCCGCCUCUGAAACGAACAUAAUCUGUAUUAAACCCCACCCACAGUGUUAAACCCUGCCUCAUAAAAUAGGCAUUCUUAGUGUUAAACCACACCCACUAAAACACAUCCUCUGUGUUAAACCCCGCCUACUAAAACAUAGAUAUUCUCAGUGUUAAACCCCACCCACUAAAAACACCCUCAGUGUUAAACCCCGCCCACUAAAGCAAAGACAUUCUCAGUGUUAAACGCUGCCCACCAAAACAAACACCACCUGUUACACCCCGCCCACAAAAGCAAACAUCUUCAGUGUAAAACUCCGCCUCUAAAACAAACAACUGAUUAAACCCCGCCCACUAAAACAAACACACUCACUUUGUUAAGCCGCAAACGUCAGAUAAUCUGUAAGUGGGUGGGGCUUGAAAGAAAACGCGUUUGAAUGGGCGGGGUUUAAAAGAGAAUGCAUGUUUAAGUGGGUGGGGUGGGCGUGGUUAGCCAGGAAAUGUGUUUUUUAAGUUUGUGGGAAAUGCCAGCAAAUGCUUAAAUGGGCGGGGUUU